UUUAGUCAGCCGGCUAGCUCCCAUGGUUGUGACAGGACCUUGAUUGUUGUACGUUUACUCGUUUUAAUCGAUAUCAAAAAUCUACAUCAACAGCCAACCAAGAAGACCAAGACCAGGAAGCUCCGAGGACAUGUCAGCCACGGACAUGGUCGCAUUGGCAAGCACAGAAAGCAUCCUGGAGGUCGUGGUAAUGCUGGUGGUAUGCAUCACCACAGAAUCAACUUCGACAAAUACCAUCCGGGGUACUUCGGUAAGGUGGGUAUGAGACAUUACCACCUGAAGAGAAACACAGCCCACUGCCCCACCAUCAACCUGGACAAGCUGUGGACGCUGGUGAGCGAGCAGACCAGGCUCAACUAUGGCAAGAAGCCCGACGGACCCGCACCCAUCAUCGAUGCUGUGCGCGCUGGCUACUACAAAGUCUUGGGCAAAGGCAAACUGCCCAAGCAGCCUGUGAUCGUCAAGGCCAAGUUCUUCAGCCGGAGGGCCGAGGAGAAGAUCAAGGCAGUGGGAGGAGCCUGUGUGCUGAUGGCAUAAUGUUCCUGUCAGUGUGUUUUUGCAAAAAUAAACUGUAUAAAUGGAAA